GGCAUUAGCGGUAGCGAUGGCGGCAACAGGCCGCGCCGGGAGAUUGAUAUAGUAAUAAUAAUAAUAAUAAUAAUAUUAUUUUUCGUGUGGUCAGUUUCCUAGACGUCGUUGUGCGUGUACGCAACUACGUGCGUACGUACGUGCUGUACUACCGUCUAACACGUAGUACUGUCCGUUGUCGUCUUCAAAAGUUCCUCCACGGCUCCACCCCUCCUCGGCGACUACCCCUCACACAGUAAUCGCGAAAUAAUAAUAAUAAACGUUUUAUCAACUGUUAUUAUUAGUGUAUCGUGGACACUGGACAGUCAGUGCGCGUGUGCGUGUGUGUUUUGUUGGUCGUAUUGCUGUGGUGCGCGCUUAGUACAUUUUUCACUUUUUUUUUGUAAUUUUACGUAUACAUUAUAGAAGAAAAUUUUUUUUUACUCGUGAAACAAUCAGUUCUUGCAGUCCAGCUAGUCACCACCCUUGGCCGUAAUCACAGAUAAUGGAUUGAACGCGGCGAACUAAUUUUGUGGAACACAUUUGAUGACGACAGUUGAGGACUGUUAGUGUGUACGCGUGCGCGCACGUACGCGCGUGUGUCGUCUGUUUAUGCCGCGUGUGUAGUCUGUCAGUUUGGACGUGAUCCCUACGCUCGGGAGCAAUAAUACACACACCGCCGAUUCUGCCGCCAGCGCCGCCACUGCUGCAAAUUCACUGUCGCCACUGUCGCCACUGUCGCCACCGCCGCAACCGACCUUCGUCAUGGAUAUGAUGGACUCGGACGCAAACACCGUGUUGCACUCGGUCACCAAGGGAGUGCACGUCGGUCCGCCACCUGUCUGGCCCGGCAUGGAUAACGUGACGAACUCGUCCAUGUUCGACGAGUCGAAUCUUCCGUACGACAUGAAAUUCAACGAGGGCCACGUGGUAGCCAUAGUCACCUACAGCAUACUCAUGGUCGUCUCGGCCAUAGGCAACAUCACGGUGCUGACGAUCAUCCUGAAACGCAGGCGCAAGGCUGGAACGAGGAUACACGCGAUGCUCAUGCACCUGGCCAUCGCCGAUCUGUUGGUAACUUUUUUGAUGAUGCCAUUGGAAAUAACGUGGGCAUGGACUGUACAAUGGAUUCUCGGUGAUCCACUAUGCCGUAUCAUGUCAUUUUUCCGAAUAUUUGGAUUGUACCUUUCCAGUUUCAUAUUGAUUUGUAUCAGCGUUGAUAGGUACUUGGCUGUUUUGCAGCCAAUGCGUUUAUAUCAGAUGGAUCGCAGGGGAAAGUUAAUGAUUGCAGUGGCUUGGAUUGCAUCAGUUAUCUGUAGCUUACCACAGAGUUACAUAUUUCACGUGGAACGACACCCUAAUGCCACAUGGUACGAACAAUGCGUCACUUAUAACGCUUUUUCGUCCAAAUUGCACGAGCUGGCUUACUUAUAUUUCGGCAUGUUCAUGAUGUACUGGUUGCCUCUAAUCGUUAUACUAUUCUGCUACGCUUCCAUCAUCAUUGAAAUAUAUAGAAGGUCCAGGGAAUCGAUUUGCGGUCAAGGUACAGAUAAUGUACGUCGUCUGGGAUUUUUAGGACGUGCCAAAAGUAGAACAUUAAAGAUGACAAUCAUUAUUGUCAUAGUGUUUGUGGUAUGUUGGACGCCCUACUACAUUAUGGCUAUUUGGUACUGGACGGACCACAAGUCGGCGCAGAUGGUCGAUCAGAAGGUACAGCACGCGCUCUUCAUGUUUGCAUGCACCAAUUCGUGUAUGAACCCGAUCGUAUACGGAGCGUUCAAUAUACGUACAAGGAGGACGCUGGUGACCCAGGCCACAAUUUCUAAAACUUCUACUGAAACCAGAUUGUUGGACUUUUGAAGCCCGCCAGAUGGACGGUGAUGAUAUAUACAUAUAUACAUUUAAAUUUUUAAUUUUUAAUUUUAAUUACACUUUAAUAAAAUAUCUAAUUGUAAAACAAUUUUGGCCAUAAUUAUUAUUUAUUAGUUAAUUUAAUUGAAACACAUGUAAUAACAAUAACAUGCACCAAAAUAACUGAUUUAUUAAUUUUGUUAUAUCCCUUCCUUAUAAUAUGUACCUAUAUGUACAUAUAAAAUAACUAUUUACAUGUACAAUUGUACAAGUUAAUAAUAAUAAUAUAAUAUCAAACUCGAUGUUUGUGAAAUUUUUAGGCAGUAGUUACCAAUACACAUAUAAAAUAUUAUAAUAUAUAAUAUUAUUAUAUGUGCAGUUAUUUAAAUUAAAACUGAUACUAGUCAUAUAGGCAAUUAUAAUAUGCAUAGGUACUUAUAAAAUAUUUCAUGUAUUCCACCACACAUUUAAAACUUAUCUACCACAGUUGAAAAUUAGUAGAAAAAAAAACUAAAUACAUCUUCAACAUCAUUUUUUUUUUUUUUUUUUUUUUUUUUUAAUCAAUUUCACCUACAGAGUAAAGAUAAUUUAAUUAUUAUAAUCACUUUUUAGUAACGCUCGUAAUGAUUAUGAUUUGUUAUUGAUUUCGUUAAAUUAUUAUCAGAACUAAUGAUAGAACGCCUAAGGGUAUAUAGAAAUAUAACGGUCAUACUUUAGAAAAAUGGUUUUAGAUAAAAUACAGCAAUAAAAUGCAAUUUGGAUGUUCAAAAUACGCUGGUAGAAUUGCUUUAGAGACAAUCGAACAUUAAAAAAAAAACAACAAUACACUUUUUAUUGAAAAAUGCAGUCCAUAGCACAUUUGGUUGUUUGCUUCAUGCAAUAAUUUUUCA